AUGAACAUGAUUUCAUCAGUUUCGUGCGUUCGCUUUCGGUUGAAAACGUCAAAUCAAGUUGACUUUAUCCAAAUCACUUCCGAACUCAGUGGAUGUUGGUCCGAUACGGGACGUCAAUCUCCGAUAACACAACUAAAUCUAGGUCCCGAGUGCUUCUCCUCCGUUGGUACACCGUUGCAUGAGUUGAUGCACUCCCUGGGAUUCCUACAUCAGCACACCCGUCCGGAUCGCGACCAGUAUGUGUCGGUCCUGUACGAGAAUAUCAUUCAGCGGCCGGAAAUCUUGUUCAAUUUCGAGAUCAUUGAUCCUUGGACUGGACUAGCCUUUCCACUGCCGUACGACUUCGAGAGCAUAAUGCACUACACACCAGCAAUGUACAGCCGGGAUCCGAAUCGUCUUCCCACUAUAAUGCCUCGCAAAAGCUACAUCCCAGCUGAAACAAUAGGCCAGCGUAAUCAACUUAGUACACUUGACAUCAUUGGAAUAAAUUUUCUUUACUGCGUCUGA